AUGGACGAGCAGGCGGGCCCCGGCGUGUUUUUUAACAACAACAACAACUCGGUGCUGCCCGGCGGAGGGAAAGCGCCACAGCCGGGCGACGUGGGAGGCGGAGAGGCGGCCAGGGCGCAGUACAGCAUCCCGGGGAUUCUGCACUUUCUGCAGCAUGAAUGGGCCCGUUUCGAGGUGGAGAGGGCGCAGUGGGAGGUGGAGCGAGCCGAAUUACAGGCUCAGAUUGCCUUCCUGCAGGGUGAGAGGAAAGGCCAGGAGAACCUGAAGAAGGAUCUGGUGAGGAGGAUCAAGAUGCUGGAGUACGCUCUGAAGCAGGAAAGGGCAAAAUACCACAAGCUGAAGUAUGGGACUGAACUCCAGCAGGGAGAUAUGAAAGCACCGAGCUAUGACUCAGAUGACGGGAAUGAGAAUGAGGCUCUUCCAGAACCCCCCAACAGCCAGCUCAGCUGGAAGCAGGGAAGACAGCUACUGAGGCAGUACCUCCAGGAGGUGGGCUACACGGACACGAUUCUGGAUGUGAAGUCACAGCGGGUGAAGGCUUUGCUGGGGUUGGCUGGGGACAGUGGAGAGCGGCCCGGGGAGCGGAGGCCAGAGCCCAUGGUGAACGGCACAGAGCCUUCAUCGCUGAAGGAUAGCACCACCACCAUGAUGGGGAAACCAGAAAUGUCUGACUCUGCGACAGUUCUGGAGGCUUUUAAGUUCAUUGAGAGUGCAGCAGCGGAGUUUAGUGAUGAGGAUGAUGAAGAAGACAGUGAAGGGAGGGACAAGACCAUCAUAGACCUGGCCACACAAAUGGUGAGGAAAAAGGUGUCUGCAUCUCCCUCGUCCUCUUCAGCUGACCUGAGUGAUGACCCAGACACUGAGGAGGCUCUGAAGGGCUUUGACUUUCUGGCCAGCAGUGAGGACAUGGAAGGGUCGUCAGAGUCUCCCGGCACAGGAGAUACUGCUGACUGGGACAAGGAGGAGCAGAGCCCCAUGUCUGAGGCCUGGGACGUGGACCAGGGCCUCAUCUCUAAACUCAAGGAGCAGUACAGGAAGGAACGCAAGGGCAAAAAGGGGGUGAAGAGGCCAAACAGGUCUAAGCUGCAGGACAUGUUGGCUAAUCUGAGAGAUGCUGAGGACCUUCCCUCCAUGCAGCCCCCGGUGGCACCCCCUGCAAGACCCAGCCUCCCCCGGCUCAAUGAGCAUGAUCUGGGCCGCGCUGAUGAAGUGGAAGCUCUUACGUUCCCCCCGUCGUCUGGCAAGUCGUUUAUAAUGGGAGCAGAUGAAGCUCUGGAGAAUGAGCUUGGUUUGGGAGAGCUGGCUGGUCUCACUGUCGCCAAUGAAGCCGAGAGCCUGGCCUAUGACAUCACGAAUAACAAAGAUGCUCUGAGGAAGACAUGGAAUCCAAAGUUUACUCUGAGGAGCCAUUUUGACUCCAUCCGCAGUCUGGCAUUCCACCCAGUAGAGCCGGUGCUGGUCACAGCCUCAGAGGAUCACACACUGAAGAUGUGGAACCUGCAGAAGACUGCCCCGACCAAGAAGUGUGCUGCUCUUGAUGUGGAGCCCAUUUACACAUUCAGAGCUCAUAGGGGUGCAGUUCUGUGUGUGGUAAUGAGCAGUAAUGGAGAACAGUGCUUUAGUGGGGGAGUGGAUGCAACCAUUCAAAGCUGGAACACUCCAAAUCCCAACAUUGACCCCUAUGACUCCUAUGAGCCCUCUGUGCUGAGGGGGGCGCUGUGUGGUCACACCGAUGCCGUGUGGGGUUUAGUGUACAGUUCCGCUCACCAUCGGCUGCUGUCGUGCUCGGCAGAUGGGACAGUGCGGCUGUGGAAUGCUGCAGACACUUCACCUGCUCUUGCUGUCUUUAACGAGAAUAAAGAUUUGGGUAUCCCCUCUUCUGUGGACUUGGUGUGCAGUGAGCCAGCUCAUAUGGUCACCGCCUUCAGCAAUGGCAGGAUGGGCAUCUUUAACAUGGAGACGCGGCAGCUGGUGCUGGAGCUGGAGUCCCAGACUGCAGGGGAGCCAGAUGCUCCUCAUCAGAUUAAUAAAGUGCUAAGUCACCCAACACUGCCAAUCACCAUCACAGCACAGGAGGAUCGCCACAUUCGCUUCUUCGACAACAACACAGGCAAACUGAUUCACUCCAUGGUGGCCCACCUGGAUGCUGUGACUAGUCUAGCAGUGGACCCCAAUGGGCUCUAUCUGAUGUCUGGUAGUCAUGACUGCUCCAUCCGCCUGUGGAACAUGGAGAGCAAGACGUGCAUUCAGGAGUUCACAGCUCACCGGAAGAAGUUUGAUGAGUCCAUCAACGACGUGGCGUUCCACCCCACCAAGUGCUACAUCGGCAGCGCCGGUGCCGACGCCCUUGCCAAAGUCUUCGUAUGACCUCUGACCUCUGUUCCUUCCAUGGACCAGUGGGGGUCUGAGGCCUGACCACAGAUCCUAAAAGGAUGGGCAGGAGGUGCCUUUUAGAUAGAGCUGAGGGUUCCUUUGGUGAUAUGCAAGCUGGACAAGGCGGUCUGGAUUGGAAUUUUGGGAAGAUGGUGGGUGGCAAGAAGAAAUGAAAGGCACAGACUUCACUCCAGCCGUUUUUACUCAUGAACCCCUGGCUGAAAUGCGUAAACCGUCAUCCGGGCAGGCCUGGGUGUGUGAUGUGGACAGAACUCUACAGUGCAGGAUGAUGGAGGAAAAAAAACACCAAACUCCACCACCAGGGGGUGGUCCUUUGAGCUACUCCUUGUUUGUCAGCCUCACAGGAAGUUGCGCGCUUCCCACACUUCUUUUCCCUUUUUUUUCUUCUUCUUCUUCACCUUUUUGAAAUGAGAGAUCGUGAGAGAGCCGACAUGAUGGAAGAGUGCCGCACUUCAGUUCCCAGUCCAGAUAGCCUCUCUUAUGUUCCCUCAGUUCAAUGAUGAUGUGCCUUUGCUUCCAAAUCUCUGUAAACAGCGGUAACUUGUAGAUCUCGGUUGGGUUCGGAUUAGAUGGAGUUCUCCCCAGUUUAUCGCAUUUAUUUAUGCACAGGGCCCUGUUGUAUAGCGUACUAAACAAAUACCAAUCGAUUUGUUGUGCGGCAGUGUUGAGUUUUGAUAGUUAUUCCCAGACAUUUCCAUACUGGAUUUGGAACCAUGCAGUCUGCUUGCUGGAUACUUAAAAUACCCAAGCUAAAUGUCUCUAAAUUUAGUCAUCAAAAAAUAUUUCUUUGCCCCAUUUUCAGUCAGUACGCUCUUCAGAACACACAUUUAAAAUAGUUUCUCUGAGGUAUAGUUGGAUAUAUUUUUAUACACAAUGUUCAAUAGUCAUAAUCCAUAGUUCAGUUAAAGUUCAACCAGGGCUAGAGUUGUACAUAGAAUGACAUUAAAGUAACUUAUUUAUUGAUGGAACCAUUACCAAAUUUUCUCUGUGGCUUUACAUCUAAAUACGAAUGAUUUGUUUUUUUAUUGUACUGCGUUUUUCCUCUAAUUUCUUAAGCACCUUUAACUUUAGCUAGUAAACCCCCAGAUAGGAUUCUAUACAGUAUUUCUUCGAAGCAUUAGGUUGUGAUAUCUAAGCUUUUAUAGUUUUAGAAAAAAAAAUAGUCCUCAGUACUAAACCCGCCCUCUUUUCUGAGGAGGACGACCAAAUGAUCCAGUAGAACUGUAUGUUUAUGCAACAGCUACAGUAUAAUCAUUUUUUUUGCUGUUUUUUGGGUUGCUACUGGGGGUUUUUUGUAUAUGAAGUACCUGAGACACCAUCACUAUUGUGUAAUGCCAACAUUGUAAUGUUCCGACAAACUUAGAGAAGUGGUGAAGUCCAAUGAAAUCUGUUGUCAUGUGAUUAAAUUUGCCUAGAUUUAGAUCCAGUCGUAUGAAUGAUGCUUAUUGUGUUUUGGAUUCUGACACAGUGGACAGCUAAUGCACGAGCAGAGGUCAUCUUGACCUCCCCCACUGUGUGUUCAAACAAACUUUGGACAAGUUGUACUAAAAUUGCAGCGAUAGCUUUUUAUGGUUUUAAGGGAUGAUUUUAUUGAGUUUUUUGAUUAUUUAUGUACGCCUUUUUUGUUUUCGUCAAAUGGAUGCUUAUUAAGAACUUUGUCUUUAAGGAAGGACCUGCAGUCUGUACAGGUUAGUGCUGGUUGGUCUUACGUUUACGGUAAAGCUAAAGUAAAGAAUGAUGGAAGCCAGAGAACAAAACUCUCCCUCUCUGAAUCAAUGCAAACUUUCUCAACCUUUUUGCACAUACAGCUACACUCCUGCUUCAACCUACCUGGUGGGCUGGUUGGUUACACCUUCUGUAUGUUUGGAUAUGUAUUUUAUAUAUAAUUGUUUGGAGCAAAUACUAGUUUAUUUUAAUUUCCUUACUGUAUGUUUGGUGACAUAGGUUGCAAAUGGAUCGUAACCCGGAUUUGAUGCAAGACGAUAUUUUUUAAGGAUUUUUCUUUUCUGUCUGUGAUUACUUGAAAUAUGUAGGAGUGUUUCUCUGGGGGUGCCUGUAAUAUUCUCUUUACUGAAUGGUGGAAGAUUUGCCAGUCUUAUCAAGAAUUCUACAUGCCUUUUUAAUUGAGCACUACAAAGCAAAUGGAGCGCGUGUUUAUGUGUAUGUAUGUGUGUGUGUGUGUGUGUGUGUGUGUGUGUGUGUGUGUGUGUGUGUGUGGUUUCUUUAUUUUCAGGUCAUUAAAUGUUGAGUUAAUGGAAUUUAAGGUGAAUUUUUGCUACUUAACCAAAUGGGGAAUAAUUUAGUAAAAUUGGAUUGGCAGAAAUGGCUGGAGAAAGUGAUGUAUGUGUGCGAUAUACUGGUAAAUGUGUUUAUCCUUUU